UUACGCUGCACCAUCGUGCGUUCUUUCGCAUCUUCCGCGUCGUCCGUGUAUCGCGAAGGUGCGUCGCGUGCGUGCAGGCGUACGUACAUACGUACAUACAUUGUUCAUCGUUUUUGCAUUGCUCCAUCCCGACGACCCUCCUUGUCCUUCUCCGCGAAUUGAACCCUUUGCGCUCGAGUUCUGCGACGAUGACACCUCGCGACGUGAUAUAGUUUCGUAUCACGGGGAGGAGGAACGUCGGUGUGUUACACGAGUAACGACGGUGGAGGAGAUUCGACGCGGUGUGACGCGGCGUCGCAGGAAGAAUUAGAGGUAAUAGACGACCGAGUCCGAUUUACUGCUGAGACCACCGUGUUCGCAUCAUGUUCGCGAAGUCCAGAGGCACGGCGCCGAGCGACCUGCUGCCCGAUCCGAUCCGCAACAUGUACGAGAUCGGCAAGCAAUCCGCCACGGCCGGUCCCGAGAACGCCUGGCGAAUUUACGACGGAUAUCGAAAAAAGGACAGAAUGGAGGUCUCGAUUUUUCUAUUCGACAAACGAUCCGUUGAAAAACUACACAAACCAAAACGCAAAGAGGCGGUCACGGACAUACUGCGCGAAGGUGCCACACGAAUGGAGCGCUUCUCGCAUCCUAAAUUAUUGCAGGCGUACAAAGUCGAAGAGUGCGCGGACACAUUGGCUUUCGCAUCCGAGCCGGUCCUUGCCAGCUUGGCGAACGUCCUGGCUUACAAGGAACAGCUGGCGAACACCCUAGCGGCGCAAUCUUCCACGUCGAUGGCGAAGCAGAAUCAUCCGUCAGCCACCAGCCACCGCUCGACCUUCGUCAAGGAAUACGAGCUGCUCGAGCUGGAGAUCAAGUACGGAUUAUUGCAGAUCACGGAGGCUCUGUUGUUUCUUCACAACAUCAAAUAUCUCCACAGAAACGUUUGUCCAACGAGCAUUAUAAUUACAAAAAGGGGCACGUGGAAGUUGUCGGGAUUUGAGUUUACCGAGAAGGCCAAUGAGGUACCGAUUGCGGUGCAAUCGUGGACGAAGCACAUGUCGAAAAUGACCCAGCCGAAUCUCGACUAUAUAGCGCCGGAAGUACAGCAGAAAAAGCUUGGCAGCUUCUGCAACGACAUGUACAGCCUCGGUAUGACGAUAUGCGCGAUUUACAAUGAGGGCCGGCCGCUGAUCCAGGCGAAUCACAGCGGUUCGGAUUACCUUAAGCAACUCGAGACCCUGGACGAUCAAGUCGCUGUGAUCUUGCCGUUGGUACCAAUGCCUCUUCGAGAGGCUGUGUCUCGGCUCUUGCACAAGGAUCCCGAACAGAGGCCAACCGCGCAAGUCCUGACCAUGAUCAAGUUUUUCCGAGAUCCGUUCGUGCACGCACUGCAAUUCUUGGACGUUAGCAAGAUGAAGGACGUUUGUCAGAAGGAGCAUUUUUAUACCACGACUUUGAAGGAGCUAUUGCCAUAUAUGCCGAAGAAACUCUGGUAUCAGCACAUCUGGACGUAUCUUCACGCGGAAUUGCAAACCCAGGAAGUGCUGUCCGCCGUGCUGCAGCCUGUGCUGUACAUCGUGCAGAACAGCACACAAGAGGAAUACGAUCAGAUCCUGUUUCCUACGCUUAAGCCCCUCUUCACCAAUCGAAAGUCGAUUCAGGGUACGGUGACCCUGCUGGAGAACCUGCAUCUCAUCCUGAAAAAGACGCCGCAGGAGUAUGAGCGCGAGGUGCUUUCCAUGCUAUACACGUCUUUCGAGAACACGAACAUCCAAGUGAAGACAGCCGCUUUUGUGGCGAUUUCGCACGUGACGAAUUAUCUCGAGGAUGACGCUAUACGCAACGUGGUGCUGCCAAAGCUGCUAGAAGCCUUCCAGAACAACUCGGCGGACGCGCGAGUGCUGAUGGACGCGGUGCCAUGCAUUCUGAGCCGACUCGAGAAGCAGAAGAUCAUCGACUGCAUCUUACCGCUGCUCUGUAAAGUCAAGCUGCAAGAACCCGAGAUCGUCGUGCGGGUUGUAAAUAUUUACAGGCUGAUGCUCACCGACAAGAAGUACGGCCUGUCGGUUAAUUGGAUGGCGGCGCAUGCUAUGCCGUCGCUACUACCGCAAACCGUGAACCCGGCGUUGAAUCUUGAGCAAUUCAUACUACUGCUUGAGGUGCUGCAGGACAUGCUGAACAACAUCGAGAGGAAUCAGAGGAACAAAUUGACGCUCGACAAUCUCUCGCUACCGAGCCCAGACAAGUAUCGAUCUCUGCGACAUCAGUACAGUACUGAUAACGUACAUGUGGUGCCGUUCAACAUUCCGAAUUUACGCAUCGAGCAACGCAAGACCUCGUCGGCCGAGGAUAUGGCCAGGAAGAAUAGUAUCGGAUCCAUAUCAACGGCGUCCGCGGAAAAUGUGGCGCGGAAGAAUUCAAUGGCCAUGAUGUUCGGCGGGUGGUUCACCUCGUCCGGCAAUAAUGACAGCAAUUUCCUGAGAGUAGCUAACACAUUCACGAACAGACGCCUCUCGGACAACACCCUGAUGACACCGAAAAUACGAAUAGCGCCGUCUUGCGCGAGCUCACCGGGCGCGACACCCGGUGGAAGCCUGCCGAUCCGUCGGCACUCUAGCACCGGCCAGCAAGAACGACGAGGCUCAAGUGUCAAUUUAUCACCGCCCACGGGAAUGCCGAUCACGAGUAGCAGCGUGCCGUACCUGCUCAGCUCGAGCUUCAACAGUAUUCGCGGGUCGAGGCGACCGUCCGUAUCCUCGACGUCGUCGCAACAGGGCAUCGGGCUACUGCAGCAGGUUGGCUCCAGCAUGGUAAGACAACUACCCCCCAUCUGCCUGAACCUGAAUGGACCACCACCACCACCAACACUCUCUCCAUCACUCCAGCUACCGGGACAGCGUUCCCACUGACCCUCCGUUACAGUUACCAGUUCUUCAACAGACAAUCCGAAGAAUAAAGUGCCAAUAACUGAACAAAGGUCGGACAAGAUCGCGAUGGUUGUGGAGCUGACUAGCGAGCAUCGAUCCACUCGUACGUCCGGUCAAUCGUGCAGGAAUAGGGAGUAACGAGCGGAGCAGACUUUCAAGGAUGGAUAUUCCCGGCGAGCGAGACAAGCGGGUGAUCAUUCUUUAACUGGCGAUUACGAGAUCGCUAAUGAACGCGGAAUUCCGCGACAAUUCGGUCUUCGGCUUCGGGGUUGCGAGUUAGAUACUGACAUAGAGACAAAUAGAUAGAGAGAGGAAAAAAGAGAAAAAGGAUGCAAUUCUCCGCGGAUUAUCCGCCCGUUUGAUCCGACCUAAUACAAUAGGAAUAUUCUUCGCGGUCGCAAGGCAAGCUCGCGGGAAUCGAUGGCCGUAAAUUAGUCUGAAGGGACUAUCCCCCUCUCGUCGCCUAUGCGCGUUGCUGAGUUAAUAUUCGCGCCGCAUAUCUCCUUCACACACAAAUACAUUAUCCCUCACUUCGCCCUCGUGUGGGUUCGCAGAGGUGCGGUUUGUGAGGUAAUGAGCGUGCUACAUACGUCGGGGUGCUACAGGAAUUAUCGGGUGUGUGUCAGAAAUCGCCAACGUACAUAUCGCGAAUAACCCGUGAAUCGAACGUUAUCUUACAAUUACGUAACAUUCUCUGAGCAUCGACGAAUGCGCGCUGUUAAGCGUAUCGAUAUGUCGACUCAAUCGGUAAUACAACACAAUAUUUCAUCACUAACGAUAGAUAAUUAAUAAUAAUUAAUUACCGAUUAAUAAGUUAAUUGUGUCAAUUACUUACGACAGUUCGACUGUCGCUUCUUUUACCGUGGUUAUCGAUACAGUCAGUAGGAGAAGGGUUGCAAUUAAUUCGAUUAACUUCAAAACACACUCGCGGUGUCCUAUAGGAAAAUUUAUCUUUUGUGAAUUACUGUACGGAAAAAAAGAAAUUUAAUUGGUUGAACCAAAUAUCUGAACGCGCCGGUUGAAGUUACCAGAAUUCUGUUCAAGUCAAGAAGUUUUCUGAUUAGCCAGAAAUUUUAUUAACUUCAACAGAAUUCUCGUAAUUUCAACCGACAUUCUGGUUCGUUCAUAUUUCACCAGAGAUAUUUGCUUAAUCCGACCAGAUUUUUUCUGCGUGGAAAAUAAAUCUUCCCAUUGAGUACACGAAUGUGUUGCGAGACUCAUUGAAGAAAAAAGUGUUGCAAUCUUUCUCCUACUGUUUCAUGCAGUCGACAGUGCGCAUUUGACUUAAUCUACGAGAUGAGCAAUUAAUAGAUUAAGAGUCGAGAAUCGACUCACGCGUAACGUUGAAUAUGCACGCCCGGAAAAUGCACGGGGGCGGCCUGAUUUUCCAUUUUAGACGAGACUUUAGACGAGUGUGCAAAAACUGUAAAGAGCAAAGUGCGACUUCUGAUACACUCUGUACGAAAGCACCUCACGUAUGUACACACGACAAAGUAAUAUCUUUCUCUUAGCCACGUACGGACAAAAGAAAUAUUUUUCUCGUCAAUAUAUACAUAUAUAUAUAUACAUAAUAUAUACAUAUAUUUGUCUAUGUAAUAAUCUAUAACGGCGGGCGCACACAACGUACACUAAGCUUCAAUAAAGUCUUAAUGCGAGACCAAAUCUCACUGAUCUUUCUAAUCGUUCCCAACGUUUCUGGAUUAAAUAUAUAAUACGAUACGAUAUGAUAUGCGUCAAGCUGUCAAAAUGGCAAAUUAGCCGAGUGACCGGCAGAGUCAUAAUAUAUAUACACACAUUCAGAUACAUUGCGAACAAUUAGAGACUAGUAAAUUUUGACCUGAUUAAGCGUUUAAAGCUUUAUUCAAGCUUUUGGUGUACACGCGUCGAGCGCGCCGUAAGUUGUCAAUUGUCGCACUAAACAAUCAUUAAGUCUUAAGGUAGCUUUUUUAACUCAGACGGUAUUAUCAAGCGCGAGUGACACGGCACAUACACAUAUACACACGUAUACAAAUCCACAUAUGUACGUACAAACAGAGAGAUGCUGAAACUUACGGGUUUACUCUCAGUUCCGUUCGGCAAUAUAUUUCACCAAAUUCUAAUUGGUAGAGUGUUACUAUUUGUAGUCUGCUUAAUAAUUCGUGCCUGAUAUUUCCCCCGUGUUCAUUUAUAUGCCUCCAAAUUAUAUUCAUUUUGUAUUUUGGCUUUGAUCAAGGACACGUGAAUUUUGGUAUCGUCAGCAGACGCUUCUACAGGCUUUCAAAGCAAUUACAACUAAUCAUUACGAUAGUGAUAAAACACGACAAAUGUAAUAUACUGGGUCUGUCAAAAAGUUUGAUACAAAUCUCAAUGUCUCCUUCGACGUUAAACUAGCAACGUUUCAACAGAAAUAUACGAAUGUCGCUGGAACAUUGGAAUGAAGGAUCAUAAGCAACAACAGCGUUUGUUUACUCGACGAAUAAUUUACUUGUCUUGACUGCGACAAAGUUAAGUUUGACCUAUCGAACGGAACUACGGAACUUUUUAACUGACCCAAUAGGUGCGCACGCGCAUAUACACACACACGUGCUCAUAUACGAUCACGUGUCACACUACAAACACAAUUCUUCUGUUAUAAAUAAAUUAUAUAUCAAUUAUGUUUUAAUGCUAUUAAGUACAUAAUCGAAGAAAUUAUCGCUGAGAAAGUAAUGUCGGAUUCGAUAAAAAUGCUUCAAGAAUACACAAGAACUGGUCAAUUUAUGUAAUGUUUUGUUUUGUAUAGAGCUUGAUCUAAUUGUGAAUUUAUUUAUCGUAAUUGAUACUUCGGUAAAUAUUCGAAGAAAUAAUUCACGUUUCGGUGCGACAUAUCACUCACUACUGUUCACUUAUUGCACACACAUCACGAGAAUCGAUAUAUUUAACACAUAUCUCACAGAUCAGAUCGUUUUUCUCUACAGGAAUUCCGAUCGUGCAAUUUCCGGUUGAGACAGACUAGACUAAUUCGAAAAGGAAUCUAUAGUGACAGCGUUCUAACGCGAAUUGAGAUUUUCUGAUCAUAUAAGAGCUGUAUGAGAUUUACAAAGCACGCGGAAUGUGUCCGUAUGUUCCGCGACAGACACGAGAACACGUGCCUGUAUAAUGCUAAGCUAUCAUUACAUCACAAUAACAACAGCAAUACAUAAUCAUGCGAGGAAAAAUGUGCGAGAGACUAGCAAUAAAAGUCUUAGCUUGUAUCGUGACCUCUAUUUACUUUCUUGUAGUUCCUUCGAUUAUUUCUUCGAUUUGCUCUACGUACACACUUAUAUACACACGCGCAUACAUAUAUGCAGAUACUCUGAUUGUGAUUUUACCUUUUCAACUUACAAGUCACGUUGUAACCGGACAAACGAACAGAUCCAGACAGUAGUCUUGAAGAGAAAUAGGCGACACGAAAUCUAAAUAUUCCCUUCGAUCACGCGAAGAGAUCACGUACGUCGUUGUUAACCAUGUCAGCCAUAUUUGUACGUAUAUAAAAGAGUGUUUAGUUAAGUGUGCACUCGCGCGACCGUCACGUUGUCUAACGAUGAACACAACGACUGAAACCGGUACGAUUUCGACGAGGAUAGAUUCCCGACGAUGCGCAAAGAAGAAAGGUAGAGAGGAAAGAAGGACAUACAUCAAGCAUCAAUAAUGCCCUGCGACUCGCUAUUUAAAACAAAAAAAGUAGGUUAAGAAGAAGGUUACGUUUCAGCGUUACACAAAUUGUAGAUGGACACCAUUUGUGUGAGUGAAGAUUUUUAAUGUUGAGAUAAAAGUACCAAUUCCCGAACACGUACUAAUCCUGGGCAUUCUUAUUGUUUUGAUCUUUAAAUACGAAUAUUUAAAUUUCUAAUAUAAAAUUUAUAUAAAUAUAUUCUAUGUUGAGAUAUUACAUAUUCGUAUUUAAAGAUCAAAAUAAUAAGAAUGUCCAGGACGUGUCUAGGUAUGUGUCCAAACUUUGGUACUUUUAUCUUAUUAGAUUCAGUAAGCAGUCAGGCAUUGCAGUGUACUCUAGAUGUCCCGGAUGUUUAUUAUAAAAUUUCGGCAAAUACGGAUUUUCGUAACCGAAGGCAACGCACAAGGAAAAGCCUUUGUGCUGCAAUUUGUGUGUGAUGAUGAAGGUGCCAAAAGGGGGCAUGAGGAUUAUUUUUAUGAAGGGUAGAAAUGUCGGGUGUAAUGAAAGUUAAAUUUCGACGAAUAUUUGGUAGAGAAAACUUUUGCGAUUAUUUGCGGAAUUUGCUUCCUAAAAGAAUUAAACCGUGAGUGUCCAUUUAAAUGGCCGAGUGCGUAUUCUGAAAUAUAAAAUAUAUAAAAGCGGUUUUUCGACAAUUCGCGAAACUUACACAACUACGAAAUUUCCCAUUUUUAACGACAUACACUUCUACCCUUCUCCGCUAAUCUACAGCGUCGAGAGUCGAACUCGCCGAAGUUACAUCGAUCUCGGUUCACGAAUCGUCAUAUCUACAGUUCUCAAAACAUAAUGAAAAAAAAAUUGUUCGUGUGGUUACUAUUCUAACUAUAAUGACGUAAGAUUAUACAAAGUUAAGUGUCCUUAACGUUAAGCACACAACACACACAUACACACGCGCACGCACGUACAACAUACGACUCAGAUACAUUUGGAGAAAGUAAAUCUCGCCCCGAGAGAAUAUUUAUCGAGCCGAGAUCCGCCAUCGCGGAUCCGCUCUCAUCCUCUUUGCGUACCUUAAAACUUGAAAACUAAAGAAAAAAGAGAAAAAUAUUGAAGUGUGAUUAUUCACAGACUACAGACAAUCACGGACAAUCAUUUACACGAUUAUCAAAAUAAAUGUGUAACGUACGCGUCACACAUUUCGUCCGGAUAGACGCGCGUUUGGAUGAGGAUUGGUCUCACGAUUGUUAUUAAUAUCGGUUCGUGUCGCCGAUUAUUAAUGCGAGUCGUAGUGACUACGAUUUUCAACCAUAUAUAUUGAUAUGCCUGAUUAUAUUCGUAUGUAGCGAACCUCAAAAUGCAUCCGGUAUCUAAUAGGAAAAAUUAUUUAUUCAUGUGUAAUCGUAUGGAAAUUAUAUAUUAUGUGUAAUUAUAUAUCUUGUGAAAAUGACAAAAAAAUUCUCUUAUUGAAUACGUUGCAAAAUUCAUAAAAAAAUAUAUUACUAUCUUUCUUCCAUCGACAUUAUACAAUUGAAAAUCGUAAUAACUAUAAUAUAUCAUAACAAUUAUGCCGAUCUGUGUACGCACGUUCGAAUCGACGUACGUUUGAGUUACUGAUCGACAACGCGCCCUUUGUCCAAACGCGCGUGCAUUAAGAUGCGUUCGCGUAUAUCUGUCGAAGUUUAUAACACAUAUCGACGCACAAAUCCCCCGUUUUGCAGGGGCGCGUUUAGACACAUAGACGAUUCAGGAAUCCUUGUUUGUUGUUAAUUUAGCGAUGAAUCGAAUUCUGUCUUCAAGAGAGAAGCGUAUAAGAGCCAAAGGGAUGCUUUCGUUCUCGAGAUAUCUUUAUAAUUAUUAUUGUAUGUAUAUUUUCAUUAUUUUUAUGUACAAUAAGGUAUAUUUAAAAGAGAGAAAGAUAAAAUCAUUUCAUAGUCUCA